UCUUUAAAGUGGAAAGAGACCUAGCAAUUGCAUCAGUGCGCACGGUGCUGAACUUUGCUUGCGUUGAACCAUGACUCACCGUGAAAAAGUGAGGGCUCUUCGGAAACACAAACGGAUUUUACAACAUUUCUGUGAAUCUAGUUCCAUUCAUGGGCUUAGGCAUGUUUAUGAAGACGGUAGUUUAAUGUUCGAAAGGGUUGUAUGGAUCUUCUUGUUUCUCUCUGGCGUUUGUUUUUCAACUUAUUUUUGCGUGGAAGUAUGGCAAAAGUGGGAACAGUCACCUAUACUCACAUCCGUUGAAACUCAACUGUACCCAUUGAAAAACGUCCCCUUUCCAGCAGUCACAAUCUGCAAUGUCAACAAAGUGUCUGAAAGCAAGCUCUACGAAGCAAUAUUAGGCAACCCAAAGUUUAAGAAUGUUAACUAUACCAAAUUGCAAUCGACGCUACGAUUCAUGACCAAGCUGGAUAGAGCUUUUGAUGAAGACAAUGAGGACGAAAAUCAAGAAAAGCUUUUGGAGAUGAGUCAACUUUACCAGGCGCGAAAUAUCUCCGCCACUGAUUUGUUCGAAAUUUUGAAGAAGGCUGCACCAGCUUGCUCAGACAUGAUGAUGGACUGUAAAUGGCUCGAAUCUACCGAACCCUGCAUGGAAUAUUUCUCUUUUCUGCCUACUGAUGACGGUAUGUGCUGCACAUUCAACGGAGCAAAAUAUUUAGACUCGAUGCUAGGAAUCGAAUCUAGUUCAAAUACUUCGCGCGAACCCUUAAAAGUUAACGGUAAUGGAUAUCGGAUGGGUUUGACUCUCGUUAUCGAUGCGAAAUUACGAGACUUCAGUGUAAUCAAUGGCAAAUUCGAUGGUUUCAAAGUGCUGGUGCAUUCGCCUGAGGAAUUUCCAGACGUCGCUGACAGGGGAUUUGUGCUUGGUCUCGGUACCGAAACCUUUGUUGGAGUAAAAGUAACUACCUCUUUCUACACGGAAGAAGUAGCCAGAGAGGUUUCACCAAAGAAACGCCAGUGCCUGAUGGAAGGCGAAAAGAAUCUCAAGUAUUUCGAGUAUUACAGCCGAUCAGCUUGCCAUAUCGAAUGUGAUACUCUUCUCAUGCAAGAACGAUGCGAAUGCCGCCCAUAUUUUUUCAAAGGGGACGAUAAUACCAGCUUUUGUGAAAUGAAGUCAUACAAAUGCAUUUCCAAAGUAUUCGAGGAAAUUCGUUCACGCGAAGAUGAGUACUGUGAUUGUUUGCCUCCCUGUACGGAUACCUGGUACGAGCCGGAAAUUUCAUACGCAUCAUUCCCCGGACGUGGAUUCAAUCGAACAAGUACCUACAAAAGAAUAGAAAAAAAGCACAAGAUUAGUCCUGGCAUGAACAUCAGGGAAUAUUUAAAGUCCAACGUAGCGAUGCUUCACGUUUACUACAAAGAAAAGACGGGAAUGCGCUAUAGAACAGACAUUCGAUUCGGAGCAGCAGAUUUCAUCUCUUCAAUUGGAGGCCUUUUAGGCCUUGGUCUAGGCAUGAGCUUCAUCAGCGUCAUUGAAAUCUUUUAUUUCGUAUUUCUUCGGCGAAUGUUUUUAUGGCAGCGCGUCAAAUGGACACGCUUUAGCAAGCGGAUGACACGCAUCUUUAGCAGAAAACCAGAAGAGGGAAAAAAGAGCCGAAGUAAUCCGGUUUCAUUUGAUGCAGUCCAAAACAAUAACCUCUGGCUGUCUUCGGCCACCUUAAAUUCAACAAUCUUGACCAUCUCAUCUUCUACUUUGGAUCACCCAGUUCCUCUCACUCGCCGUCACUCACUUAAUUUACCUCCACAUUUGCAGAAACAACUCAGCAAGUAUUGAUAAUGUCACCGUUUUGAGUUGAAAUAAAUUGUGUCAAUAGAAAAA